AUGCAGCUGUUCUUGAAUUACCCUGUGGCUAUUAGUCCUCACAACCCCAAGAGGAGAGCAAGCGGACUAUUGAAAAAACUAACUACUCUAAAAGUAGAUGACAAUCAACUUACAAUGCUACCCAAUACGAUCGGAAAGUCCACGUUUUUAAACUUUAGUGUAUAUUCAAAUUACCUGGGAAUCUUCUUUAAAAGACAGAUCCUGAUCCAGCAGAUCCAGGACCUGAGUUUAUCUUUAUUAGAAGAAUUUGACUGUAGCUGUAAUGAACUGGAGUCACUACCUUCUACCGUUGGCUACCUACAUAGUCUUCGAACAUUAGCGGUCGAUGAGAAUUUCCUUCCAGAAUUACCAAGAGAAAUUGGAAGCUGUAAGAAUGUCACAGUUAUGUCUCUACGUUCCAAUAAACUGGAAUUUCUUCCUGAAGAGAUUGGACAGAUGCAAAAACUAAGAGUCUUAAAUUUGAGUGACAACAGAUGCUACAUUUAUGAUUGGAUUGAUGAUGAUUUACCACGGACAUUGUCGUACAUGCUUCUGGAGAAUUCUCCCCUAGCGUUGAAGAAUUUACCAUUCUCAUUUACCAAGCUUAAAGAGCUUGCAGCUUUGUGGCUUUCUGACAAUCAGUCCAAAGCCCUUAUCCCUUUACAAACUGAAGCCCAUCCAGAAACAAAACAAAGAGUAUUGACUAACUACAUGUUCCCUCAACAACCUCGUGGUGAUGAAGAUUUCCAGUCAGACAGUGACAGCUUUAACCCUACACUGUGGGAAGAGCAGAGACAACAACGCAUGACUGUUGCCUUUGAAUUUGAAGAAAAAAAGGAAGAUGAUGAAAAUGCUGGGAAAGUUAAGGAUUCUUUUGUUCAUCCAGCUAAUGAAAUGAGGAUUGGGGAACUUCACCCUUCAUUAGCUGAGACCCCUCUCUACCCACCCAAACUUGUUCUGCUAGGGAAGGACAAAAAAGAAUCAACAGACGAGUCUGAAGCUGAUAAAACUCACUGUCUGAAUAACAGUGUUUCCUCAGGCACUUACUCAGAUUACUCACCUUCCCAGGCUUCCUCAGGAUCCUCUAACACCCGGGUUAAAGUGGGGUCCUUGCAGACAACAGCUAAAGAUGCAGUACAUAACUCUUUGUGGGGUAACAGGGUUCAGCCUGAUGGGCCAGCAUCCAACCUGCUGCAGCCUGGUGAUAAGAUCCUUCAGGCAAAUGGACACAGUUUUGUACAUAUGGAACAUGAAAAAGCUGUAUUACUACUGAAGAGUUUCCAGAACACAGUAGACCUAGUUAUUCAACGUGAGCUUACUGUCUAAAUAUUUUUUAUAAAUAGUGAAGAUACAUCUAGCCAGAUCUAAUGUUCAAAAAUAAAUUUAUACAUAGAAACAAAUUUUGCCAAUUGCUGGACCAAUGGCAAA